AUGAUAAAGGGAUACACAGAUAACGGGGAACCUGAUGCAGGUUUGUUGUUAUACGACCAGAUGAAAGAGCUGGGGUUAACUCCAAACAAGGAGACUUUCCGAUUACUUUUAUCAGCAUGUGCAGAUGUUAAUUCAAUUCAAGAAUGCUUCAAACACUUCAAAUCAAUGAAGAACGACUACAAUCUAGAUCCAGAAAUUGAUCAUUACUUAGGGGUUAUCGAUGCUUUGGGGAAAUCCGGGCAUCUAAACGAAGCUUUUGAGUUCAUUGAAAACAUUCCUUUUGAACCUACAUUUGAAAUAUGGGAAUCAUUGAUGAAUUCUGCUCGAAUCCAUGGUGAUAUCGAGCUCGAAGAUCGAGCCAUGGCAUUUCUUCAACCAUCAAUCGCAUUACACAAACCUCCUUUUCUUAAUCAAUCUGCAAGUAAUAUGCUUGAAGGAAAGAAGAACAAAGUCUACGAAUACCGAAAUCCGGAUCCUUACAAAGAAGAUUCAGACAAAAAACUAAACGGUUUAAAUGGUCAAAUGAGAGAUGCAGGGUAUGUUCCAGAUACCCGAUAUGUGCUUCAUGACAUUGAUCAAGAAGCUAAAGAACAAGCCUUGAUGCACCACAGUGAAAGGUUAGCUAUUGCAUAUGGUUUAAUUAGCACUCCACCAAGAACAACUCUUAGGAUCAUCAAGAAUUUAAGGAUAUGUGGUGAUUGUCAUAACGCUAUCAAGAUCAUGUCCAAAAUUGUUGGGAGGGAGCUCAUUGUAAGAGACAACAAAAGGUUUCAUCAUUUUAAAGAUGGUAUGUGCUCUUGUGGAGAUUAUUGGUAA